UGCCGCGCGGCCGAGUGUGCUUUAUGGACCAUGUGCUGCUAUGUAUGCCUGAAACACUUGAAAUGCAAAUUCGGGGAGACUUUGCCAUCUAAAUGCUUGGCUGGAUUAACCGCCUGAUUAGGAUGGUUUUUCAACAAGUUGGAGUAAGCAUGCAAUCGGUACUUUGGUCUGGAAAGCCUUAUGGUUCAUCUCGAAGUAUCGUAAGGAAGAUUGGUACUAAUUUAUCUCUGAUUCAGUGCCCAAGAGUUCAGUUUCAGCUCACCAGCAAUGCAGCAGAAUGGAGCCCCAACCCAGGAGAGGAUACAGUGCCAUCUUUGGCUGAUGUUGGAUGGGUAGUCAAAGAAGAAGGAGAAUGUUCAACAAGACUAAGGACAGAGGUCAGGUCAAGGCCACCCCUCCAGGAUGACCUUCCUUUCUUUGAGAAGCCCCCUGGCAGGCAGAUUUCCUCACCAAACUUGUCUCAAGAAGAGUCGCAGCUGAAGACUAGGACACUGGCAAAUGAAGAAGCACUGCAGAAGAUCUGUGCACUUGAAAAUGAACUUGCUGCUCUCAGAGCUCAGAUUGCCAAAAUCGUCACCCUGCAAGAGCAGCAACACCUCAUUGCAGGUGAUUUAGAUACUACCACGUCUGUUACCACAGCAGCACCCCCUCUCCCACCCCCUCCGCCUCCACCCCCGCCUCCACCCCCACCAGCGCUCCACCAAAGUCUGUCUGCCAUUGAUCUGAUUAAAGAGCGAAAGGAGAAAAAAGCCAAUGCUGGAAAGACUUUGGUUAAAAACAGUCCAAAGAAACCCGACAUGCCAAAUAUGCUGGAGAUCCUUAAAGAUAUGAACAGUGUGAAACUUCGGGCAGUGAAGAGGCCAGAGCAAGAUGUAAAGCCCAAGCCAGUAGAUGCUACUGACCCUGGUGCCCUAAUAGCAGAGGCUCUGAAAAAGAAAUUUGCUUAUCGGUAUCGAAAUGAUAGCCCGGGUGAAGCUGAAAAAGGAGUUCCAAAGUGUGAAUCAGAGUCCACUUCAGACACGGUGUUGUUUGGACCACAUAUGUUGAAGUCUACAGGAAAAAUGAAGGCUUUAAUUGAAAAUGUCUCAAACUCCUAAUAGACAGUAUGCUGAGAAAGACUAUCCUGGGUUCAGCUGUUGGUUUUUGAGGGCUGUGUUUGGCUAGUAGAAAUCAACAUUAUUUAGUAAAUCCUGACUUUAGUAUUCAGUGGUCUCCUUUUUUAACCUAAUUAGAGGACAAAGCAAUAACGAAAAGUACUAGAUGUUUGGUUUUUGCUUUUAUUCAUCGUCAGUUCUGGAAUUCUGUCGUGUUGCAAGUUCUGACCUGUUGCUUAUGUGUAGCCAGAAUGUUUGGGUUUUCAGUCUUAAAAAACUUGUACAAUUUCAGAACAUUUAGAAGGACACUUGUGAAUGUUACUGUGCAUUUUAAAUUAACACUAAUUUAUCUAUUCAAAUGUUUUAUAUGCAUAUAUUUGGAUGUAAGACAGUUUAUGUAAAAAUUAGUACUGAUGACAGCAAUGAAGGGUACUGUUACCAUCAUUGUUUUCUGUGAUCAUUUCCGAUUCAGUGAUGUAACAGCUGCUAUAACAUAAGUUGUUGGAGUGAAAUAUUUGAGAUUGGAAUCUUCUUGCCUUGAACAGAACUUAUAUCUUAGAUUCUCACAUUUUUUGGAGCUGGGUUUGAGUAAGAACCAGAUGAUGUUCAAUGCUCAGAUUCCACAAUGCCUUCCACUAAAGGAAAGCUGCUUUUGCCUCAUUGCCAUGCAGUGCUGAGGAUGAAAAUGUAAUUUUCCAAAUAGGGACAAAUCAUAUUGCUGAAUUAAAUCCCUUUUUAACUAAAAACUAGAAACGUACCACUUUCUUUUCUGUUUCAUGAAUGGCAUCAUAAAGGUGACAUGUUGCUAAUUUAAUACUUCUGGAGAUGUCAGCAUAAUGGAGUUUAUAAAGUUAAUAUUUUGGCCAAAUAUUAAAAUUUUUAAUGAAACAUUAUUGAAUAGGCAAAUUUCUAUAAAUUAUUUGUCAUUUAUAGAAUGCUGUUCCAAUGAAUUAUAUUAUGCAGUAUAAACCUUAGGUGUUAUUAGAAAGUGGAGACCUGCCUUUCUAAUCUAGGGCUUCUAAGUACUUGCUGUAACUGAUUACUUUUAAAUGCUUAAUAAGCUCACAUGAUUUUCUGUUUCUGAUAAACUCAGCUGUAGUUAAUGCCAGAAUCUCCUACCAUGAGUAAGUAUUUGUAUUAUUUAAAUCUAGUUUAGGGGAAAAAAAAAACCAGUUAUACUUCCUGGGAGGAGUAAGAAACACGAAUAGACAUUCACCUUUAAGUUAUUUAAAAAUUUAUGUUGUUCUGCUUAAAUAUUAACAAAAACUGAGGUAAUUUACAUGGUUUGGUUAUUCAGCUAAAUUUAAACUGGCUUAUUUUACAUAUUCUUGCAUUGUUUCUAAUUGUUUUAUAUUAUUUAAAAUUUCUGCCUUCAAAGAAGUUAAGAAAAUUCGCCUGACAUAUUUUGACCUCCCAAGAAACUUAUAUUUUGUAUCAGUAUUGAAUUUUGGC